GACAUGGUGAUGGCUCCCCGUCCUGCCUUUCAGUACAGUCUCAAAGCUGAGCUGCAACAGUGCCGGAAAGCCCAGAGCGGCAGCGACGCACGGGUCGCUGCCGGCGCUCAAGAACUGGGAGCCGGAUACUCCUGGCAGAACACUGUCCCUGCGCUGCUAAAGGGAAAUCCGAGAGAACUGCAGAAAUUAGUAGAACUAGAAGACGUGCAAGUUCUGAGUGAGUACGAUGAGAAGGGGCACACGCUUGUGCACUGGGCAGCCCUGACAGGGUCCAGAUCUCUCCUGAGUUACUUAGUAGACUUGAGGCUUCCUUUGAAUCUCCCCAGCCGCUCGGAACCGGCGCAGCGACCUAUUCAUUGGGCUGCUGUGAAAGGACACAUCACUGUCAUAGACAUAUUGCUGCAAGCCGGCGUUUCGUUGGAUGAGAGGGACCAGAAAGGAUGCACUCCCCUGAUAUUAGCUUCGCAGUACGGACACGUUGCCCUCUGUUGUUACCUAAUGGGGAAGGGAGCCAGUCUCCAAACCUGUGACAGCCAAGGUGACAACGCAUUACACUGGGCAGCCUCUCAAGGACACUGUGAGUUAACUCGCCUACUGAUAUGUUCUGGCUUUAAUCCCAGGCAACAGGAUGACUUUGGCCAGACACCAUUGCAUUUAGCGGUCCUUAGUGGCAAUCUCCCCACCGUCCAGCUGCUGUGUGAGCAGAAUGGAGUGGAAUUGGAAACUGAGGAUAAAAAUGGGAACACACCUCUAAAGCUUGCAAGAGGUCAUCAAUAUAAAGAUAUCAUUGUAUAUUUAGAAAACAUCAUCAGUCUAUCAAAGAGUCAGGCUCUGAAAUUUGAUUGGAGUACAUUGGUCUUUGGCCCACCAGGAAAAUCAAAAGGACCGCUAUUUUUCUUUUAUGGCUGUUUGCUGUUGUGGGGUUACCCUACUUAUUUUACCCAGAUUGUCUCAAUCUCGUUCUCCAGGCUAAUGGGCUUCCAUAUCACCUUCUUGAUCUCCAAUGUACUGAUGUGGUAUCUAUUCCUAAAUGCUUCCCUAAUGAAUCCUGGUUUUCUUCACAGAGACUGUGAAGAAUAUGAUCAUGCUCUCAGAAAGGCAGUUUAUUUUGAAGAAUGGAAACAGGGAAAGAACCCACUGAGGAGGCUUUGUCAUACUUGCCACAUUGUGAAGCCUCUCCGGUCCAAGCAUUGCCAAGUAACUAACCGCUGUGUGGAGUACUUUGAUCAUUACUGUCCUUACAUCUAUAACGAUGUAGGCUACAGAAACCGGAAUUAUUUUUUGGGUUUCCUAGCAACAAUGUGCCUUAAUAGUGUGAUGGGAAUCUAUCUUGCUUGGGAUUGGUUUAAUGAGAUGGGACGCAGCAUUUUCAUUGGAAUCGGCUUCAUAUUCCUGUCUGUUAUUGCAGUCACAUCAGCAAUAAUGACUGGCAUAUAUUUCUAUAUGGCUGCACUUAAUUUAACAAUAAAUGAACAUAUGAAUCAGAAGAGAUACAGUUAUCUUCAUACCAAGGAUGGACACUUUCAUAACACAUUCAACAGAGGCAUUAGACUGAACCUAAUGGAAUUCUUUCACCUAAUCGAUCCACAGAGGGAGGAAGUGUUCAAUACAGUGGAUGGGUUGCACAUCAUUUGAACAAUGUAAAAACCAUGACAACAUAUAUAACUCUCUUCACUCAAAAUUACAGCACAAGCAUUUUUCUUUAUGCAUCCUUAUAAACUUCUGUUUUGAGAAGGAAUGUGAAGAUGUACUACAUAAGAUAAAAACAGCCAAUUAUGUAUCAAAGAAAGGAGAAUUUUACUUUUAAUGCAUAAAAGAUUAAGGGGUCAAGUAAAGUUCAUCAAUCAAACUACACAAAUGCAUAUAUUUCUCAAUAUUGUUGAUUUUGGGACUAUGAUGCAUUUGCUGCUAUAUUCAGGAAUCAAGGAUGCAAAUGUUAAAAAAGUUGAAAGUUUAUGAUAUUCAAUGCAAGACAUUCUUGCAUAUAUUUUAUCACACAAGAUGUUGCCAACAGUAUAUGCCUGUAAAUAUUCAAGUUAUUAUCAUUGAAAUUACUUAUUUUAGUGCACUCCAGAUGAAAGUAUUACCCUGUUAUUCAGAGCAAGUGAUAUUUGGUUAAAUUACUCAGAGAAAAUAAGUUAUCCAAGAAUGAUUCCAGAGCAAACAGUCUUGCAAAAUUAUGUAAUUAAAAUCAGACUGUGCCUAUUGCUUGUUCCAAAUAGCCAGAUGUAGAAGUAAAGGGCUAAGGAUAUCCACGACAAAACAGAGAGUGGAAGUGGCUUCAACUAUGAAAACGGGUUGGUAAAAUUCUGAUUACUCAGGGAGUUAUUUGACUGAACUAUUAUGUACUUUUUCCCUAGGAGCUAUUUUUGUUAUCUGGAAAACUUGACUUAAAAACGUAUAUCCAAAUGGAAAUUGUGCUUACUUUUUUCAAAUCUGCUUCAAAUAUUUGACAGAGUUCAAGGAUGAACAGUUGCAUAUGGAAAAACUUAACAUUUUCUAGAUUACAGACAGAAUAUUAGGGCAAGCCAUAAUGUUGUGUGGUUCUGAACAUGUUUUCAAUUUAUUCCACAAAACCAUUGAUGUUUUCUUUUAUUGACAGGCUGAAGUUAUUUUUCCCUUCCUUAUUAGAUCUAAUAACCUUGAUCACUGUAAUCACUGUAUGUUAUUGCAAAUUGCUAAUUUUUGUUUAAAUAUUUUUGAACUGUUUUCAGCUUGUAAAUGUCUGAAACUGAAUUUAUGAAGGUGUUUAUUGAAUAUGUAAUUUAUCAAUGUACUGUACGUGAGUUAGGCUCCACCUCCACUAGUCACAUAUCCUAUCAACUGCAUAUAAUACUCAUUCCUUCAUGGUGAAGCAAACAAAACACAAGAACUUUGUAUUGAUUUAGAUUAUCAUCAGAUCAGUUUUGUAGGUUUCACUCAUGAGCAUUAAACCCACUCAUGAGCAUACUUGGCAUUGUAGCCCAGAAUGAUUACCAAACUGAUGGCAAAGACAUUGGAGCAUUAACUUUCCACAAGCCCCAUAUCAAGUAGACCUGCUAUCAAAACUUCAGGCUUAAAGGCUGUAUCAUGUCAUACUGCGGUAUUAAUAUAAAUGUUUCACAAAUUCUUAAUAUUACUUGUGCCUUAGUGAUUUUUACAAUCUAUAUGCAUAAUAAAGGAGAAAAUGCCCAAUAAAUUACUUCAGUUUUACAAAAGCACAUAGCUGAUAAAAUUAUCUUUAUUAUUAAUUGUAAAUUUUACUGUGAUUAUAUCAUAAACAGAAUGUGUAAUUUAAUAAGUAGUUCCAUUUGUAACAUAAUCCAUCAUAAAAUUUCAUAAGCAGCUUCAUUUUACAAAAUUUAUGUAUUAUACAGUGCUACUGGAAAUGAUAUUGUUCUGACAUUUAUUAAACAAUUAUGCAAUGUUCAGUAGUUUUAUAUCAAAAUUACCACUAUGCAAAAUAACUG